GAAAUUCUGGCUAAAGAAAUCAUUAUGCACACAUUAAAAUAAUAUGUAUACGGUGUGACUGUUGGACCGAGCGAAGCAUGAAAUGGUAAUUGGCGUGUCCCAAGUGAUAAUCAUAGUUCCGUUAAGUAUGAUAAAUCAUAAUUCAUUUAAAAAUAUAUUUUAAAAUUAUGAAAUUCCCCUUGCACUAAACAGGUUGGGAACACUUUCCCUAUAGCGAGAUAUUCUCGCUAAAACGCGAUUUUCCCUCUUUAGCGAGAAAUAAACAUUACCAUAAACAGGUGUUUUGGCAUCUUUAUUAAUAUGUUUUACGGCGUGACUGUGUUUGAGGGCGAAGCAAAAAAGUUUUGGCAUUAGUAUCUAUAUCCAAAACAGGACAAAAAUAACCCGAAGUUAGCACGAGGACAGAGCUGUAUCCUAAUUUUGGACCUUUGAUCCGCCUAUAUAUUGAACGCGGGAAAUAUAACGCAAUCGAUGUACAAUCAGUACAUUGUGACAUCAUAUUCAGCGUCGUUAUUUAGCAAAUUUACAGACAUAGCGUUUGAACCACAACAAAAAACAUGGCGUUAAUUGUGGAGUGAUUAUAUAUGAUUAAGAAAAUAAGAUUUAGAUAUAUAUCUACAUGCUUUUAUGGAUUUUAUGUAACAUCUCAGAAUGACGUGAACUAGGGUAGACGAGAUUCAAAAUGGAGGAAUACAUGUCCACGCGCUAAUAUUCGAAUCGACGCCAUUGGUACCAAACUUUUCAAGUUCCAUAGGUAUGGUUUAAUUUUUCAUUAUUUUCCUUUUAAACAUGUAUAUACGUGUUACCUAUAGGGAGAGCUCCGCUCUCACGGCCCUUUGGGCCGUGAGAGGGCUUCGCCCUCUAAAAAUAAUGGCAAAUCCCGUGCAACGCUGAAUAAGUGCGACACACACUCAACAUGAUGCAAAUUAUUUCUAUGAAAUUGACAACAUAGUCAGGAAAUUGCAGAUCAAAGUUGCUGCGUAAGAGGGAAGCAGUGUGAAAUCCAAUACACAUCGUGAGUGUUUUUGUUUUGAUUAAUAUAUAUUUGCAGAAGUAUCAGACAUUUUAGCACUUUUUCUUCUUUUUACCUGAAACACGAAGAGCUGUACUCCAUGGGUGUUUUUCUUGGUUGUACGGGAUAUAUUUACUUUCGCUAUAGAGAAAGAAAAUCACGUUUUAGUGAGAUUAUCUCGCUAUAGGGAAAGUGUUCCCAACCUGUUAAAUACCCAGUAACAUCUAAUAUGAAAGGGGGCAUAUGAGGAUAGAUAGAGGAUCGACCUAUUCAUUUAACGCGGGGAAUAUACAACCAGGCAACGUAAACCGUGCAUUGUGACAUCACAUCUCGGCUUUUUUUCUCUCUUUCAAAUCAAACAAUUAUAAACAACAAUAUGUACAUCCUGUUUGUAAUUUAAAAGACAGUUUUAAAAAACUAAACAAAACUAACCAACAAAUUCAAAGUGGUAAAAACAUAAGCGAAAAUAUAUCGUAUAUUUUUAUUUUAAAAACUUAUGAAGUCAUGAACUCAUUCAUCUAUUUAGUCGUAUUACUCUUUUCCUAUUUCAGCUUAGUAUUUGAUAAACAGAACAAAAUGGCGGCGCCCGUAUGGAUCACAAAAUUUUCAGUGAACGUAUGUAGAGAUUAUCUCUAUUCCUUUGCUAAUUUUCUCAAUUUUUCUUUUACACAUGUGUUACCUUGAGAGCCUUGCUUCGCGAAGGCCCGUUCGAGCAAGAGAAAAAACCGAUGUAAAACACAGAUCUUACAAUAGAGACAGGAAAAUUGGCAAAAUUUGCUGACGGGGCAGCAGUUAUCAAGCAAGGGGAAACCAGUGUCCUUGUCACAGCUGUCAGUAAAGCUCUGCCCCAGCCCUCCCCAUUUCUUCCUCUCACAGUUGAUUAUAGACUAAAGGCGGCAGCAGCUGGGCGGAUCCCUAUGAACUAUUUCAGACGGGAACGAGGCCCCACAGAAAACGAAAUUCUCACCAGUCGUGUUAUAGAUAGAUCUUUGAGACCUCUUAUCCCAGAGGAAUGCCAGAAAGAAAUUCAGGUAAUUUGUAAUGUAUUAGCCGUUGAUGGAGAAAAUGAUCCUGCAGUUCUUAGCAUUAAUGCAGCAUCGGCUGCAACAACUCUGUCGUCUAUCCCAUGGAAAGGUCCUGUGGGAGCUGUCAGGGUCGGCUACGUAGAUAAGAGCUUUGUGAUAAAUCCGCUUCGUCACGAGCUGGAGAGGAGUGACAUUAACCUGAUGAUUACAUCCAGCAAACAGGGAAUAGUAAUGCUGGAGGGAGGGGCCAACAACGUUGACUAUGAGUUAUUUAAGGAAGCCAUUAAGAUUGGUCAUGCAGAGUCUUUCAGGAUCAUUAACAGUAUCCAGAAUCUAGCCACAGAAGUCAAAACAUUUAAGCACCAAAGUCAGCCCCCGGCAUCUCAGGAUAACUUCAGAGAGCUUCGAGAUACUGUAUACAGGUUGUGUAACACAAAACUAAGAGCGAUAUUUACAAACUACAGUCAUGACAAGUUUUCCAGAGAUUCUGCUGUGAAGAAUGCCGUCGCAGGUGUGAUGAAGGAAUUAAAGGAUCUCUAUCCAUCCUUGAGUGAUGACCAGUUGAAUUGGUACAUACAGAAGUGUAUUAAGCAUGUCUUCAGAGACAAUAUCUUUAAGACAGAGAAAAGAUGUGAUGGCAGGGAUUUAUCUGAUCUCCGAAACAUUUCCUGUAGUGUUGACAUUCUCAAACCCCUUCAUGGCUCCUCUCUGUUCCAGAGAGGGCAGACUCAGGUUCUCUGUACCAUGGCAUAUGAUUCGCUGGACAUGUCGUUGAAGUUUGAUCCUGUUGCACAGCUUAUCAGUGGUGCAAAGGAAAAGAAUUUUAUGUUGCAUUAUGAGUUUCCGCCAUAUGCUACAAAUGAAAUUGGCAGACCUGGGGCAACUCUGGCAAGGAGAGAAAUUGGGCAUGGUGCUCUGGCUGAAAGAGGACUGAGUCCAAUCGUUCCUGAUAACUUGCCCUUCACACUACGCCUCACAUCUGAAGUGCUGGAAUCCAAUGGCUCCUCCUCCAUGGCCUCUGUGUGUGGGGGGAGUCUGGCCCUAAUGGAUGCCGGUGUCCCCAUUAAGGAAGCAGCAGCUGGAGUGGCUAUUGGCUUGGUGACCCAGCUCAACUAUGAGGGGAAGAUCACCAAGCACAGAGUCCUUACUGACUUAUUGGGUAUAGAGGAUUACUUUGGGGAUAUGGACUUCAAAAUUGCUGGUACAAGAAAUGGAGUGACAGCACUACAAGCAGACAUUAAACUAGAAAGUUUGCCCAUUGAGAUUGUAUUUGAAGCCAUCAAGGCUGGAAAAAGUGGAAUCAGCAGAAUUCUGGACAUUAUGGACACUGUGAUAAGUAAACCAAGGAAGCCUAAAAGCAAUGCUCCAGUGAAAGAAAAGUUUGUUGUAAACCCCCAGAAGAGAUCACGAGUGGUUGGAAUCGGAGGUCAAAGGCUACGACAGCUGGCUCAGAAAACAGGUGUUCAGAUGUCAGCCGUGGAUGAGAGCACGUUUGACUUGUUUGCUCCUGAUAAGACUGCCAUGUUGGAGGCCAAAGAGCUGUUGGAGUCCUGGCUGGAGGAAAAGCCUGCACCCCGGCUGGACUUUGGAGCUAUAUAUACAGUGAGGAUAUUGGAAGUCAAUGUGCAAGGAGUCAUGGUGGAGGUCCAUCCCAGUAUAGAGCCAGUAUUUAUACACAGGUCACAGCUAGAUCUCAGGAAGGUUCAUGACGCCACAGUUUUAGGAUUAACACCUGGUGAUGAGAUUCAGGUGAAAUAUUUUGGGAGCGAUCCAGUUAGUGGUCAGAUCAGACUGUCCCGCAGAAUCCUGCUGUCACCAGCGCUCCCGCUAUUCAAGUCUUGAUGAUGCAGGAUCUCUAGUUUAACCAUUGCAUUUCUGACACAACCCGAGUCGUGAUAUUCCCAGAUCAGAGGGAGAACCAUAGAAAGAGCUAGAACUCCACAGGUUCUGGACUGGCUUGACAAUUUUCUACACAGCAUCCUAACAGAGCUAUUACACCAAGCUCAGUUUGCAGUGCUUCAUCAGGUCAGACUUUACUGACCAGUACGAGAAAAUUGACCGUUCUAAAGAUGAUUCGUGCAUGUUUUAAUGACAAAGAUUGACCAUAUGAUUUCACUAGUUUAGUUUGCACUCCAGUUUUCUCUCAGAAGAGAAUAACAUAAAGAAAUCUCUUAUUGAAUUAUAAGCAUUGAUCAUUCCUUUCUCUAGGACGGAUAUUCUGUAAUUGGAGUAUUUAAAGCACAGCCAGGUUUCUAGUCCUCUUUUAUCAUCACAUAAUUCGUUUGCAAUUUUUUAAUAUAACAAGUGUAAGUUUUUCUUGCAUGUUACAAAUAUAUGUCGAUAUGAAAUACUGUACACAGGAAAAAUUUUAUUCUCAUUUUAGUUUUGCCCAAACCCUAAAUGGCUAAAUCGAAAACUGGACGCAUAUAGAUUUAUUCAUAACUUCAAAGUAGAAAAAACAGCUCUGAAAAAAUUUUAAACUGGACAAAAUUUUAUUCCAUUGUGUAUGGAUGAAAUUAAAAUCUGCGAAAAAAAAUUUCAUAUGUAGUAGUGGUUCUUUAUAGAAGAGUUUGUGAGCAUUCACCAUUGAAGUGUACUGUUUCAUAUUGAUUAUUUAAUGGUUUGAAUUAACUCUAUGAUAGCACUACAUGUUUUGUUAUUUAUAAGAUUUUGUUUGAAUUGUACACCAAUCAACAUUUUUUGCUGAUCACAUUUAUAAUGUUUGUGGAGUAUCAGAAUGGUAAAUUCAUGAUACUUUACUUGUUGACAGAUGAAAUGUAUAAAAUUAUGAUUUUUUAGAA